CUUUGAGGCAAGUCUGAUAUAUUAUUUCGUUGCUCAGGGGUAAGGGCUCGAAAGUACAGACAGAUAUUUACAACCUGUAACCCAAAAAACAGCGAUGGCUAAUCAAGGCAGACGGGCGACUUUAGCAGAACUGACAGAACCUCUUCUUGCAAAUCCAGUGGACUCUGAUGAUCCUUAUGGUAAGAUAAAUUAACGAUUGAUUAAUUAUUCAAACAAGUAAAGCUGUAAUUUAAACUGCGUUUUUAUUGCUUUUGAAAAGAAAUAGGCCAAGUUUAAACGCCAUCAGCGCAACUGUAUAAAACCGAAGCUGAUUUGCUUUGAUUCAUUCAGGUUGACGACUGAUCAGAGAUCGUAGAAAACAAAAUGUUGGGCUGUUUCGGGUUCAGUUUCUGUGUAAAGCAAAUAAGCUUUGCUGUCAUGCAUUAGGAGCUCUGGUAGUACCUUGAUUUCUUGCAUAGAAUCGAAUUACGAUAGAGGUAAAUGUUAACUCUGAAAACGUCGUUGUAAUUCCCAGUGAAUCGAGGUACAGAUCAUGCUAAAACAAAGUGGGCUUCGUUCGUUUCCAUCAGGAAGUUUGUUAAUUAUGGAUGCCAUUACUGGCACAGAAACUUUAAAGAAGAAUGGCGCUUCGCUCGUUUUAUUUCAUAACUAAUUUUUUAAGUUUUCUUUGUUUUUUUUAUGGCUUCUAUCCUGAGCUAGAAGCGCUAUCAAAACAUCAAAUAUCGCUGCAGUUAGUAGACCGUGUCCGGAAGGAAUUUUAUUUCAGUCGAUCCGGAAUACUAGUCGAUCAACGGCUGAUAUGAGCGAAACCGUGCGAAACUUUGCUCCUUAAAAUCAACCAAACAAAUAACCGCAAAAGUGAAAGCUUAUGACUUGAAAUGCUUUUGUUCCUUCGGAAAUAAUUUUGAAUGCGUAUAUCUAAUUCCGGUUCAGCUACGCAUAAUUUAGAGAUUAAGUGCCAUACAUGGCUGACCUCAUCAUCCCAUCCAACUUGGGUAGUCUCUAUAGCAUGCUUAAUCCAUGCCAAAGCUAGGGUACGGUAUCUCCAUUUUAAAAAGUACAAAUUCGAUACGGAUAAACUUUCACAUUAAACGUGUCCAAUAAUUCGACUUAAGGCAGAGUAAAUGAGCAAAUUAUAAUGUCCGGGGGGUACUCCCUAUGAUGGCCUAUCGGGGGAGGCUCCGCCCGAAAGGGGUAUCUCUUUCAGGCUACAGGUAUAUUAAGUGGUAGGGAUUUCAGUAGUUGAAGUAUAUAAAAGGGUAGGGAGAUCUGUCGUUAGGGUCUGUUAAAAGGGCCCAAAAGGGCUAACAGAUGAAUUUUAUGGCUUUAUUAAGUCGAGAAAACGUUCUAUUUUUGUGAUUGAUUCCUAUUUAAAAUACAGUGCAUUUAAAAGGGAUGCAUAGUUCUAAACAAGGUAUGUGAAAGGGGCACCAUUUGUCAAUAGAAGGUAUACGAAGGGGGUACCUUUUUCGUGAAAAAUGGUAUAUAAAAGGGUAAGGGGUUGGACUGUGGGGAGGAGCCUCACCGUAUAAACAUUUACUGAGUACCCCCCGGGCUAUAACGACGCCAUUAAAAAAAAAACACGAUUCCUUACAUCAAUUGUCAAACGUUAGCACAGCAUGAUUCAGGGUGGUGUUAGUGUUCACUGCCUUUGCUGUUUGUUUCUGUUUUGCUCAAAGUCAUACUAAUGAACUUCAGUUGCAUUCAAAAACGAAACUGAUUCAUGCCAUAGGUCUGCAGGGGUAUGGGUUCCUGCCUAUGCUGACUCCAUGAAGUCGUCUCAAAUCGUGGGUUCAGAAAACAUCGUCCCACAUACGAACAUUUUAACACCAAGAAAAUUUGGCUCCUGUAUGUAGUUAAAAUACAUCAAGUUUCUUUGUAUUUUUCACCCCUUCCCCCUCAGGGUACGUUUUUGUUUCGGUUCAGUUCCUCUUCCCCUUGCGUUAUGUUUAUUAAGCGGUGAUGCAUAUCAUCUCAGCAGCAAAGGAAGAAGCCGCCUUGUUGACGCCCGCAUGUGCCAACAUACGGAUUGUAAAUAUUGAGUUUUAUGAGUGACUGGCCCUCAAAGAAAAAAAUAACGUUCCCGCAGUCAUCAGUAUUGAAAAAAUUCUGAUAACUAACCCUUAUUGUUGUACUGCAAACAAUCGUCAGCCAUCUAUUAUCCGUUGCUUUGCUGUUAUUACUCUUUCAUUGACAAGUCUUGAUAUUGUGUCCGUGGAUAAAAGUUCUACAGGUUCUUGCGCAUAACAUAAACUUAAAUAAAAACAGAAUUAAAUACAAAUAAAUGCAAUGCAAGUGAGUAUUUGUUGAAAACUGUUUCAUCUGAAUGAUUCCCUUUCUUUAAAUGGGGUUCCAUUUUAUGUAAAUUUUAGCCUAGUGCACGGAUACUGGCUCGGCUGUUUUUUUUCAUUUAUUUCUUAUGAGAAAUGCUUCGGUGAGUUUUGAAUGGCGGUUGUCAAUCAGUCUUGGUAAGAAAGAAGCAAGAUUGUGUUUUGUUAGGCAUAUUUUAUUUUGCCUUUUCUUUCUUUUUUUCAGUUAACCCGUUAAUUACCUUAAGUACUAAACUCAGUCUUUGAAACAGUAGAAACCAAAACAAACCUUAAACAAAUUUCACUUGACUACAUAUCAUGUACUCGCGAUGCUAAAAUAUUCAGUGAGAAAAGAAUUACAUGUCAUAUUGUUUCAUUUCCGGGUUUUAAGUUAAUCAUGUUAUUUUUGGAUAUUGUUGACGUCAUCUCUUUCACUUUCGGACGAAUGACGUCAAUGCUCCGAACGCGUAAACAGUUGCCCUCCUGGGUAGUGUAUAAACUUGAAUUUUGCCAAGAAAAUCGUGGAAUGAAAUGCCGUGGUACAAAACCGCAAUACUGGAGAGCCGGGGGCGCAUGAAAAAAAGAAAAAGAGCUUACAUCAUUUAAAAUGGUCAUUUUCUUUGUAUGUUUUCUCCCACCGCGAUUCUUGUUCUACAGGAUGGUAGUUUUCUUCCGCGUAAAUGACAAAGCUGCAAAGGGUCUAUUACCACAGGAUAUGCCAAAGGUUGAAUUAUUAUCGUGUUAAACUUCUUCAUAAUCUUUGAAGUGACGUAUUUUUCAAUUAUUAUUAAUACUCAGUGGUAUCGUGCACCAAGUUCCUAUUGGUGUACACCCUAAUGUUUUUUAUAUCAGUUAACUCAUUUUGAAAAAUGAAAAACUGUGUUUCCACUUUAAGGUUGUUAAAUUACAUAAGGAAUACUCUGCUGGUAUACCGGCGUAGCAAAGUCAACCUGUGCGAGAUGUUCGGGGAAUACAAUGAGAAAAGUUUGACGUAAAUCAUUAAGAAUUCUCCAGUAAAGUACUUGGGAGUUACGUUAGCCUGCGAGCAAGCUCUCCUAUUUGGGCAAGCGAAGCGAGCCUCGCGAGAACGCGCGAGCGAGGGGCCGAGGAAAGGAAAGAAUUUCGCCGGCCCCUCGCGGCUUCGCCGCUCGCUCGCGCGUUCUCGCGCGGCUCGCUUCGCUCGCCCAAAUGGGAGAGCUUGCUCGCAGGCUAGAGUUGCGUUCGGUCCGCCAAUGCUGCAACAAGCACAUUUUUCCCGCAGCAAUUCUGUAACAGUACUGGCUUACAUUUCAGUUGGUGAAUCGGCACGAAAUUUAAACAACUUAAAGUUUAUCAGUCUCUGCAAUUUCUUGUAAAAUUCAUUUACAUUUGACCCAUUCACUAAACAAGCUGCGUGGCAAGUUGGGUGGGUAAGAUCCACUGAUAGGCCACUGGCCAUGUAAUGAUAACUGCCACGUACCAAGUUUGCUUCGUUUUAUGACAACACAGGAUAAAUUAUGGCGUCAAGAUAUUCCGGUAUUCAAAAACUAGGUACUUUUUGACAUUGUUUUGUUUCGUUUCUGAUAUGCAAAUCACCUGGCAAAGUGACUCUUUGGAGUAGCAAGCUAAAGGGGCAAAUAAAUCAGGAAACUAGAUUCUUUUUGGCAAGAUUUGGUCCAUCCGUUUUGAUAUCCAUAUGCACAAAAGGGAAAAAGAAAAAAGGCGGAAGCUAGGUGGAUGUUUGUUAAAUAAACCAGUCCGACAGUAAGACGAGGUUUGGUAAAACAGCUUCGAUCUCUAGAUCAUCCAUAAUCGUCAUAAACGUUUGUUUAUAUUGAUUUAUAAUGCAUGACUUGUCUGAUGGAACGACGCAUCUUUUUUGCUCUCGUAAGAGAGGAGAUUCUAGUUUUAUCAGUAUAUCCCGGAACAGGUACAUUUUUAUUUCAGUGCUGUGUGGCAUGACUUGAACCAACGACCUUGAUGACAAAGUUGUCAUAUUUGAUAAAACUGUGUGAACAAUACGAAAUAGUAUCUGUAUUGACACUUACUGUCUAUCUACUGAUAUUUCUCUCUUGAGGAUUCUGUUUCUAUUUGAGACGGCACGGAUGUGAGAGUUUUGUUUAAACUAAGCAGCAAAUACAUAAAUUCUUUAAAUGUAACAAGUGUGUUAAACUGGUGACCUCAUUAUUCAAUCCUCAAGGCUGUUUUGCAAAAACGUACUAGUCUCUCUAUUCGGUCAAUCAUAUUCCUACGAUGUCAGUCAAAGAGCUUUCGAGCAUUCGAUCUAUUCUAAGGUUUGAACCUGUGCUAAGCUUUCUGUACAGCUUACUUAAGUACAGGAGUCAUAUCACUCGUUCAGCAAAAUUGGGACAUGACUAAACAUUGUCACAUGAAGGCAAUAUUACUCUGACUUUCAAUCAAAUUGUGAAGUGGCUAUUGUAACUUUUAGCCGAAUGACCGGUGGAUCCCUUACCGCUCCAUAUCGGGUCCUUUGGAAGCAACGAUUUGGAGGGUGUAUAUAACUAUGACUUUCAAACAAAUCUGAAAAAGCUAGCUAUUGUAACUUUUAUCCAAAUGACCUGCAUGUAAAUACCUUACCUCUCCAUACCGGGUCCUUUGGAAGCGAAAAUUUGAAGGCGGUGUUACUUUGACUUUGAAUCAAAUUGUGAGAUGGCUAUUGUAAUUUUUAUCCAAAAUGACCUCUAGAUACCAUUGCCUCUCCAUACCGGAUUCUUUGGAAGCUGUAGUAUACUCUGACUAUCAAUCAAUGUCACUCUGAUUUUCAAUCAGAUUGUAUUGUGAAAAGGCUAUUUUAACUUUUAUUCCAGAUACCUUGCCUCUCCCUAUCGGGUCCUUUGGAAGCGAAGAUUUCCAAGGUGGAGCAGAAGUACGAUUUGUGACGUUAGAGGAAAAAACUGUGUUUGAUAAAGUACAGUCCAGGAGUGGAGGCGUGGCAAAACAGCGAGUUCCAGAUGGGAUGGUGAACAUGGAAGCACGCUCCCCGGUGGGACAAAUCCUGGGAAUAAAAGUUUGGGUAUUCCGGGAGCCAUCAGCGGCAAAACUUCACCAAGAUCAAAACGGACCCGUCGAACUUCAGGUCAUUCAUGGAAGACACGAUAUCGAAAAGGUACCAUAUUAAUUCUUGUUUCCUUUGCAGUAGGCUUUCUGUUUAAGUGUCCUCUUGUGUUCCCCAGCGGUGAAGAGACAGCAUCUGCGUGGUUUUGUUUUGUCAUCUCUCAGUAUUUCGUCAAUUUGACAACUGCCCAACUGGUCAAACUUAAGUAAGCACAAAAGACUGAAGGACUACUUACAACCUUUCAAUUAAGAAACGGGUAAACAGGACAAGUAAAGCUUAGACAAGAAACACUUUCCUGAAGAGCAAAUUUAUUAUUUGAUCCCCAAGAGAUUUCCUAAAACCCACAGUUAGGCGGUGCUUGCUGCUUUCUGGCAUUGCAUUAUUUUUGAACAUGAUCACAAUAAACUUUUCUGGCCCCGAUAAUAUUCAAAGGCUGCAUAGCGCUAUCCACCGAAUCACUGUCCAGUAGAUACGUAUGAAAGGGAUCCCAUUUCCAAUUGCAAUUCUCAUUUGUUUACGGUCCUUUGCUGUUUUGCAGUAUUAUUUCUCUGUGAACUUGGACUCCGUUUAUGAUGGCCCUUUUGCUCCAGUGUACCAAUUAGCUAAAGUGGAAAUGGAUAAGAGGAACAUUUUUCAGUUGCUAGUCGAGCUGUCGUUUCACAACGGACUUGACGAAGAAACGCAACAGUUCUACAGCAAGCCAUUCAUGAUGAGGAGCAGACCCAGAAAUGAUCAAGCGAAUAAAAACAAGAAACGCAAACUUUCUGGUAAGUAUGAACCCAGUGUUCUCGUCUCAGUAACCUAAGAGGAUGGGAGUGUAUUCUGGUGCAAGUAACUAACUGGAAAAGAAACCUUAUGUAUGAGCUAGCAAUUCACUUGAAUUACAUACUAGCCUUUUCAAAGCAAGAAAAGUCGAGACAAAAGGCCCAGUUCAAACAUCGAACUUUUCAUGUACCUAAGUUCUAGCUAUUUGGGUUGACCCAAAUGAUAACAGUUCGACCGUUGAUUCAGAAGUGGAACUUAAUUAGUCGGACUCAAUUCAUUUUCACGAUGUACGUGCCGUCUACAAUGUUUACCGGUGAAAAUAGAUUAUAGUAACUUAUGCAUUAUGUUGGGCACGUGAAAAGUUCAACGUUUGAAACGAUGUCGCCCCUCAGUCGAAAUUCCAAUGUAGGCCACUCAACUUUAAUAAAUGGGUCGGCCCAAAUUAGACGGUCAGACUUAAUUGAUUCAAGCGUCGAUUUUUUCAUGUACUUAUUGUAAUUGAAGGAUUAGGUUCGAUAGAUGAAGAGUUAGACGUUGUAACUGGGCUUUAGUCUCCUUCAGCUUUGAUAUUCGGAGGAGACCUUAUAUGAAUGGCGUUGUACUUAUUUGUAACUCAAACUUAGCAUUUAAGAACAGUGGUGAACCAUCCCAUUGGAGUAUGUUUUGACUGAGCCAAACUCUCGUGAGCGAGAUGUCAUUUGAAUAGUAUUUAUGUUAAAAAGAAAAUUACAGUUGUAAACGGGAUUUGGAACUAUUCAGGCUUCUCAGAUUAUAAGCUACGUUCCGCGCUGUUGUAAUAGACCUUUUUAGCUUGUAAGUUUUGUUUUCUCAAUCAGUCAGACCACGUGAUGUUCUCCAAGGAAUUUGUCUUUUGUUUUUUCAUAAAUUAUGCAUACAUAUGCACGUGCAUAUAAUGACAUUUGAAAGAAACAGUUCCCUGGGGAACCAUCACGUGGUCUGAAAUAGAAAAACAAAACAUACAAACUAAAAAGGUCUAUUGGCCAAAGCGGAAAAUACCACAAUAUUCUUUAAAUUGCCGUUUGGGUGGGGCCUCAUGUAAACCUCACCUGUGCAUUAUCUUAAGUUUUUUGUAUGAACUACACAAGCAGUGUAUGCAUUGCACGUGCAAAUCGUGCAGAGCACAAAAGGUAUUGCAAAAGUCGGCUUUACAUGAAGCACCACCCAAAUGGGAAAUUAAAGAAUAUCAUGGUAUUUUCGGCUUUGGCCAAUUUCUUAUUAGGAAGUGAGUUUAGAAUUUCCUUUAUUUUCACCUAUUUUUCUUUCUCUUUUGUUAUUUUAGGAGGCAGCGACGAGGAGGAAGGUAAGUUUGAUCACGUCGGCUGAUUUUUUCUUAAAAUUGAAGAUGGCUGGAGAAAGAGCUGAAGAGUGUUGAGUCAGCGACUAUUUUUUGUGCAAAGAGGCAGCUUGAACGGUAAACCUAGUUGAUUGGUUUUCCUACGGAAAAGGUAGCGAUUCAAUUUCCUGGUGCGAUCAUGUUUCGGCACUAAUGAUUGGCUCAUUCUUUAGAUUCUUGGCCUUCUGUGCUUCAGGCCUGUCGUCGUACUAAACAGAAGACCUAUGUUAAUUAUUAUGGCGAAAUAUUUUUCUUUUUUUAUCACACUGACAAUUCUUCACUGACAUCUACACUUAACUACCUCGCUACGCUACCAUUUCACAAUCAUGCCUGAAAGUCCGGUUAUAAUUAGUUCAAGACAAAGCUAACGUUAUUCGCCAUUAAUGAAAACCUUACACUAACUUUCUAUUCUAUUUUUAAUUAUUUCUAGACUCACCGAGAGGGGAUAGCCCGACUAGCUCAGUUAGCUUCAUGGGUGAGUUGUUGAUGUUGUUGUUUACUGUCAGUAAAUAGUCAAUAGACGUUCAAUAGCAUUCCUAUCAUGUUAAUUAUUUUGACCAAUAAAAACUGGAAUAGUUUAGACACGUGUCAUUGCUCUUAGCAGUGAACUGCCGUGGUACUAAACUCAAGCUAUACCCCAUUUACCAUCCACUACGUUGAAAUCCUCUCCUCUAUUGAUCAUUACUUUGGUUGGUGUACAAUUGGAAGAAAACAGAUGGAAUUAUCAUUGUGUUAAAUAUCCUUAUCAUUAUCAUUAUCAUUAUCGUUAUAGUUAUCUUUAUCAAUUACUAUUGUAGGAUCUGCUGAAUUCCAACACCUUCGAGUGAUAGAACACCUGGACGCAAAACGGGCGUACAUUGAGCAUCUUACGUUCAAGGUACAGGAGGCAGGUCAUAGGAAAGCGGACAUCGGAUAUCACUUCAGAUUAAAAGACCCAAAUGCUUGUGAUGAUUUCGAGGAAGGAGAUGUCGUUGGUUUCUACAAGGAUGACGACGGACAUUCAAGUAUACAGCUAUUAGAUAACAAAAAUGGAAAGGAUGCUUUUAUGGCAGGAGUCAUAAGCCGGUCAGCUUAUCUGGAGGCCACACCACCCAUGAAUGAAAACGGUUUGUUUUAAACAUACGAUAAUCUCUAAUUUUGCUUUUUGCAAACCAACAGCUGAAUAUGAAUGGGGGAAGAGGGGAGUUCAUUCGCGAUUACCGAAAGGGUUAAAAGGAUGGCUUUGGCUUAGCCUGCCAAAACAUACGUUUCUCCUCGCUCUUCGCCGCUGGGCACGUUUCGCGCGGAGGAACGUCUGCGACUCAGUGACAUAAAGUCCAUACCGAUGAUGCAAAUCAAUGUUUACAUAAUAAAUCCGGUAGUCAUGGGGCUCCAAAUAUAAAUUUGUCCAAUUUUACGUGUCUUAUGGUCGAUUUUGGAAAAUUGUUGUGUUCACCUGCCAACGAGCGCCAGCAAAACUCAAAUGCUUCUUCUAGAGAAGACUAUAUUCAACAAAUGUGUUUAGAUUUGACCUUUGUGGCAUUUUGUCUUUUGUCUGUCAUUCGUAAACAAUAACUAAAACAAUGUAACUAGUCCGCCGACCAAUCAGCGCUUCUGACCGGAUUCCGGACAGAUUUUACGUCGUCAGUAUGGAAUUUCUGUCGCUGAGUCGCAGACGUUCCUCCGCGCGAAGCGUCCCCAGCGGCGAAGUGCGAGGAGAAAACGGAUGUGUUCGCAGGCUAGCUUUGGCUUUGGCUUCGGCUUCGGUUUUUAAUCAGUUUUGAAUAAGAACUGCCCUGUAUCCACAUGCGCAUGCGCCCGACAUGCAUAACAAAGGACGCGUUUUUGCUACAUAGUAAACAUCCAGGUAUAAAUAGCUGAAGAACAUUUUUAAAAAUAAUUAGUCUUUUUUUCGCGUUGUGUGGAAAAAUUACAAGGAUGCAUCCAAACAUCAAAAAUACCUAUGAACGCUUAAUCCUUACACCAGGAUCAACGAAAGCUUUGUCAUACAUUUGCAUCUCAGUUUACUCGUGAGUUUAUCUAUAACGUACAUCCACCAUUGAGAAAACAGAAAACAUACAUCGGCUGAGCUGUUUUAAUUGGCUAACCUACAUUCUCUCAGUAAUUGUCACAACACAAAAGUUCACAGAGGAUCUAAGGGGAGUGUUUACAUGAGAAAACUCGCACCGGCGCGAGUUUCAUACCUGGAUGACUUUUUUAUUUCGUAUCGCGUUUACAUUAUGACUGGGUCAUUUCAUAUCUCGUUAUUUGAAGGUACACUUCAUGUUGAUAAAAUACACAUAAGAUUCAAAAUCGCAAACAUUACGCAUGCGCUACCCGUUCCAGUCUACCGGCAGACCGAUUUCACGCCGAAACGUGUGGUCGUUACAUGAUACCGUUUCGAGAUUUCGUACCGGAGUGAAAUUCUCGCCUCGGUACAACAACCGGGGUGAACUCACGCCGGGGUGACUCUUGCUGGCAUGACACUUUGUGGUGGUAUCAUGUGAACAAAUGUAGAGCCAUGAGAGGGAACCGGAGUGAACUCACUCAGGCGCGAAAGUCGCCCCGGUGUCAUGUAAACAGUCCCUAAGAUACAAACAACAACAGUACAAAAAAACAGGACUGAUUUGUAAACAAGGCAAUCCAGGUGAAUUUCACAUACAUACAUCCUCGGCUCUGUGUCAUAACAUCGACAUAGAAGGUCACCAAUUUCUGUGUAAUUUCGUGUUCCCCUUUUCCUUUUAGAUGACACAGACGUUGUUUGUGUAAUUGGAGUAAUUCAAGUCAAGUGCAUAGGCUCUGUUCGUGCUGGUGAACGUAUAUACGCCACAGUCGAUCCCGAGAAUCCAGGAACUGCCAUCCCAGAAUCUCACCUGCCACCCAGCGUUCUCCUGAGUCGAAGCAGCAUUUUACUGGGCAUGUCCAUGCAAGAGAAGAAAGCUUCUAAACUUGAUGAUGUGAACAUGGUGCAAUGCUUUGUGUGUAUAGUACUAGGAGUCACCGAUAAACAAAUUACUUCAGAAAUAGAACACAUGUACGAUCAGUUUGAGAUGGAUCUGAAUGUAAAGCUGCGAAAAGAGCGACAAAGAUACAGAAAAAGUAAGUGCUUCGCUAAGUUGGGUUUCUUCCGCAUUUUCUAUUCUUCUAGUCUAUUAACCUGAGGCUUUGUUUGUUUGUUUGUUUUUCUUGUUGUUGUUUCCUUUUGUAAAUCCGUUGAGUAAGAAUCAUGUUUUCUUUACUCGAUGUCAUUAUUUCUGCCGUCAUAGAAAAAUAUCAUAAGAAAACUUUGUCCUUUUACUUGUGGAAAUGUGAAGGGGCUUCAAGAUCUCGGAACGAACUUCCCUUAACAUCGGUAGAAAUAUAUUAGAAACCGAGCAGUGCCGCGAUAAAGGGCUUUCCUCCGUCUUCGAAGUUUGUCUGCUUAUAAUUGCUUUGACAUUAAAUUUAUUUUCGUGGCUCUUACUUGAUAUUUCCAAAUAAUUAGUGGCUCAUACAACUUACAGUAUCUGAUAAGAUGUGAGAGGUUUAGCCAGCACGACAACAAAGUUCCUCAAUACUUUCUAGGGAUACAACUCACCCGCUUAAACUGUUUCAAUCUGUAGCUAGUUUGUUCUUUGAACAACAACAUUAUUAUCGUAAAGAUGACUGGGCUCGAGAGAGUUAAACAAGGUUUUUGCAGAGUUGUGUCUUCUUGUAAAGGUCAUUCCACAGUAGCUCAGGAAUAACAAAACCGACCUUCCCAUCUAAGAAUUUUAAGACCAAGUACGAAUGUUUCAUAAGAGCUAGGUUUGACAGGCUUUUACACAAGGCUCCAAACUGCCGCCUUAUCACAGUGCUUGUAUAAUACUUUUAUAAGCUUUUAACAAUACGCGUUGAUUUUUUCGGCUUUUGUUCCUGCUUCAAAUUUUUCUCACAAAAAUAGGUUGCAGGAUGGGGCAAUCCUAUUGCUGGGAUAACGUAUAAAUUGCCUGCGGGCCGCAUUGUCGGCCCGGCAUCUCAUCUGAAGGGACGAUCUAUUUUGAUUGUGUUGGCAUCGUCGUUUUUCAUUUCUGGCUUACUUGUUUAAAUAAUUUGAACAAAAAUAGUAAUGGUGGAACUUAUGACGCCAAUUGGAUACUUAGCACAUUCUUCAGUAAGACUUCUGCCGUAGAUGAAAGGGCAUACGCGCGAUCAUGUGUUACAUGGUAUUUAUAACGUUUGUCUAUAGUUCUUAAGGUUCUUACCGUUUUUCGGUUAAUAAUGGCUGAUGAAUGGUGAUAAGAUCCGAUGACUGAACCAAACAUAAAAGAGCUAACAUGGCGGCAACUUACUAAAAUCUGGCUUGGCAGCUAAGCUUUUAAAACAUACCGCUGACAACGAAUCCCUCAGUGACAAUCUUCAAUUUUAUCGAUAAUGCAUCAGUCAAUUCCACCUGCGCCCAGCCCCCACUUCCCCCCGGGCAACUGCGGGGCAUUUUCCCGCCUUGUCAGUCCCGGGGUUGGGGCAUUUGCAAAUUUUGCACUGCCCGGGGGCCGGGCAUUUGCCAACCCCCGGGACAUUCCCGAGCUUUUGACACGCACGCGGUUUUCUAUCAGAACUAUAACUACACAGAAGAUUUUACUGGAAAAAAAGCAGAUUGGCUCAUCUGUCAAGGACAGGAAUAAAUUGUAGAGGGUUGUAAAGGCAUGUUCUCGAUUUUACAUGUAUAUAUGCAUUUCUUAAUUGCCUAUCAAGCCAGAAUUACGUAGCGAAAUUGGAGCUAUCGAUGUGAAUCAACGUGUUUUGGUUAUUGAAUCAAAUUUCUUUUAUUGAAGAAUAUCCUUUCAUAUUUAUAAAACUAUUCAUAACAUAUAACUUUACAGCGCUCUAUUAAUUUUAACGUCAAUAAUUUUAUAUCAAUACUAAAACCAUAAACUGGUGCAUGUCGUCGCGGCGUGAAGUCUUAAUUAGAAUCCUCGCGCUAUUACAAAGGAAGAAGUCAAUUGAAACAAAAAAUCGCACAUUAAAAUGCUUAAAAUGGCACUAUUUGACUGUGCGAGCAAUGAAAAAUGUUGCGGUGUUGACGGAGGACGGGGCAUUUGCCCUCUUUUUCGUCCCCACCCCGGGGGAUUUGACAGCUCAAGAGUCCCCACCCCCGUGAAUUUGCCAUCCAAGGCAAAAAAAAUGCUUAAUGCCCGGGGGUCAGCCCGGGGGGGGGAGGGGGCUGGGCGCAGGUGGAAUUGACUGAUGCAUAACUGUUUUUUUCUUUUCUUUUCCAGUACUGUGCCUAUCGUUGACUGUCCUUAUUUUUGUCAUUGGUUUGGCCAUAUUUUUCCUCGUGGAAUACCUCUACCCAGGAAGUGCACUAAGAUACAUGUUGUGCAGAAAAGGUUCACUUGACGGCACUGCAACCUUUACUUAUAUUCCUUUUGGUGACAGAGCUCAGGUAUUUUUUGGUAGCAGUGGUUUGUUCCUUGCUGGUAGAAGAAAUUGCAAAACUGCAGAGCUGUCAAGUUUCCUUGUUCGUCGACUUUUGUAAAAGACAAAAAUUUCUUAUUUAACACGCGAGGGACAUCUUGAGAAAUGUUUUAUUUAUCACAUCUAUGUAUGAGAGUCCUAAGAUGAUUAAUAUUCCUUAAAAGCAGCUGGAAGACAAUUUAAAGAUUCUUCUCUUUGCGACUCAGCUGAAAACGUCUGUCGCAAGUAUACAGUGAACUUAUAGAUAUAGAGCCCUUCAUCAUGUUCAAAAUCCCUCCAAAGGCUCUACUCUAGGAAAUAACAUAUUCGAGAGUUCAAUAUUUCAAAACAACUUGGCAUGUUUGGUUCAUAUCAUUUUAAAUGGUGAUCACUUUCUAAGUUGUUUAGUAAUCGUAUUUGUUUGUCUUGUUAGCGUUGCACUGCUCAUGGAAUUGAAUUUACAUGGGAGGGUUUGCAACGAAAAUUGUCCCCAGAAUUGGAUAAUAUUGCCCCUAAUAGAACAUGUAAGUAUCAUUCUAUAUAGUGGUAUUCUUGAAUUUAUACAAAGUUAACUUUCAAAUGAAGUUUUCCCUCGGCAAAAGGUUCUUUUUAACCCUUUGGCUAUGACGGUGAAGUCUUGAAUCAAUUAAGCAUGUGGUAAAAACUUUAGAAUAAUACCAGUCUGCAAGGUACAACUACUAAGAACUGAAGUGUGAGCAAAAUCUUUCAUGGACUUUUCCACUGCAGAAAUGAAGUUCUGUACACAAGCUUUUAGACAAACGAUGACUGUAUCCUGUUUUCGGCGGAAAUUCAGGCCCCGUAUAAUUGGCUCUCACUAAUACUGUAAACAUCAAAAACACCGGCAUUAUUGACGGUACGUUUUCGUUCCCUGGCUAUUUUGGACGUGUGCACUACUCGGUGCACUCUUACUUUAACGGCGUGAACAAUGCUCCUUUUUACCGACCACCACAUGAGUGUGCUCAGCUGAAACGUCAACGAUUUUGCCUUUCCACACUAAAACGACAAACCUCCGUUUACAUAGGGCUUCACUUUCGGCCCGCGCGCUGACUACACUCGGCCACAAAUUAAGGCCUCGCCAAGAUGGGAAAAAAUAUUUUUGCUACAACGUAGAGAGGAUCCCCAAUAGGUUUUUUCUGGAUAUGGGAUUUCCUUUAUUGAAAGCUCGAGACUCGGGAUUUUAAAGCAAAGUCAAGGCGACAUUGAUUGAAAGUAGGCGCGACAGGUGAGAUGCCAAAAAUAAUUAACCAUCGGGAUGUACGGGAUGGCCCGAAAUUUGGCUUGUGAUUACGCUAGGAUAAGAACCCUCGGGGCACCCUCCGUAGGUGCGUCACUUUUAUUGGAUCGCUUUCCCAUAGAUAUAGGGGUGUCACUGAAGGACCCAUAACACCAAAUGAUAUAGCAUUGAACAAACUUGUAAUUUGAUCCUUGUUUUAUUUGUCUUUUAGGGACUUUGGGAAAGUACCACUAUUAUUUAAACGUGGAUCGCUGUGCUUAUGGAGGAUCACUGAAGUUGUCUGCUACUGUACGAGGCAUUUCCAAUAACAAACAAAUUUGCGGACCUAUUAUUUUUGCCGUUAAUCCCAACUGCACAGCUGUUUACUACUACCAAGAUGCGCCACUCGAGGGCUGGAAACGGUAUCAAUCAGUCAAACAUUACCCCGAAUUGCAGAAGCGUCUGACAUGUAAACCAGAAAGUGAAUUCGUCUGACACGAAGCAAUUUUUUCUGGUAACUAUUUACGACACGUACCAGGGAGUCCCGUGGCGUCGAGUAUGUCUCGAAGAAGCCUUCCGCGUGCCGACUGCUUUAAGCCCCAUUGGUACUUGCAAAUUAGAGCGAUUUUCGUUUGACCCUAAAAAAUGGUUUCCAUGAGUCUUCUCGCUUGUUUUAUCGGCUAAAAGGUCAAGGAAUCAUUUCCUUGCCGCCAAAGAAUCCCUGGACGAAAGAGAUUUCGUGCGAUUGUGAAAACGGAAGCCCAAUUCUCUUCGACCACGUUGUGGAAAAUUACUUUUCUGAAAUCUUAUUUUCAGCCGAGAAGCGUUUCUGUGUCCGCCAAUCUAACUAAAACCCACAUACGUUUGUGUUUGUUCAGGGUUGCCACGGUCAGGGAAAAGUCAGGGGAAAACGAAAAUUUUUCAAGGUCGCGGAAAAGUCAGGGAAAAUCUUUGAUCGUCAAAGUCAGUGAAAAGUCAGGAAUUCUGUUU